AUGUCCCCCAGCAAAAAAAUCCUGGAUAUGGGAAUUCAUCACCAUACUGUGACAAAAGCAGAAGUUCCUGAUCAUAUCCUUUACAUUAUUGGAACCUGUAUUCUUAUAAUUGGAUCUAUUGGAGUUAUAGGAAACCUUUUAGUUCUCUAUGCAUUUUACAGCAACAAGAAGCUGAGGACACCGCCAAACUACUUUAUAAUGAAUUUGGCUGUGAGUGACUUCCUGAUGUCUGCUUCUCAGGCCCCCAUUUGCUUUAUCAACAGUUUGCGCAAAGAGUGGAUACUUGGAGAAAUAGGUUGUGACCUGUAUGCGUUUUGCGGGGCGCUCUUUGGAAUAACCUCAAUGAUGACUUUAUUAGCUAUUUCCAUUGAUCGAUACCUUGUGAUCACUCAGCCUCUGCAAUCCAUGCGGUGGACUUCCAAGAAACACACAUCGCAGAUCAUUGUUAUUGUCUGGCUCUACUCGCUGGGAUGGAGCGUGGCUCCACUUCUUGGGUGGAGUUCCUAUGUGCCAGAAGGGUUGAUGAUAUCUUGUACAUGGGACUAUGUAACCUAUUCCCCAGCAAACAGAAGUUACACCAUGAUGUUAUGUUGCUGUGUGUUUUUCAUUCCCCUGGUUAUAAUAUUCCAUUGCUAUUUAUUCAUGUUUCUGGCCGUAAGAAGUACUGGCAGGGAUGUUCAGAAGCUAGGGUCCUAUGGUCAUAAAUCCUACCUCUCGCAUUCCAUGAAGAAUGAAUGGAAGCUGGCAAAAAUUGCUUUUGUGGUCAUCGUUGUGUUUGUCUUGUCUUGGUCUCCAUAUGCUUGUGUCACCAUGAUUGCAUGGGCAGGCCAUGGCAACACUCUAACUCCAUAUUCUAAGUCUGUGCCAGCUGUUAUUGCCAAAGCUUCUGCAAUCUACAACCCUAUCAUCUAUGCAAUAAUUCACCCGAGAUACAGGAAAACCAUUUGCAGUGCUGUUCCCUGCUUGCGAUUUUUCAUACGGAUAUCAAAGAGCGAUCUCUCAUCAGGUUCUAUAAAUGAAUCAUCAUUCAGGGCCUCUGUCUCCAGCCAUCGCUCUUUUGCCUCCAGGAACAAGAGUAGUUGUGUUUCAUCAGUUUCCACUGGAGAAGCAGCUUGGAGUGACGUAGAACUUGAGCCAGUGGAGCCAGUUCAUAAGAAACUGCAGCCUUCCAGAAGUAACUCUUUUUCAUCAUGUCCAAGACAGGAGGAGAAGGGGGAACUGCUUCUGAAGGCCCACAGCUGCAAUGCAAUAACUGAAGAAAAGGUUUUGCUCUCCUCCAGCUACUUGCAGAAGCUGCUUGGGAGGUCGGUCCUACAGAAUUCCCCUAAAGCACUUGUGACCAGUUCCUUAAAAGCAGCUUCUCUUCCCAUUGGCUUGAACAGCAUCAGCAAAGGAAGAGGCUCAGAUACCUCACAAAGGGAAACUCAAAUAAACAGAGGCCUGGACCCUAUCAUUAGUACUGUAGUCCCACGUAUCAUUGUCAUUCCUACUUCCGAGACCAACCUUGUUGAAGGACAAGAAGAACAUGAAAAUGGAGAGGAAGAAGAGACUGAUUUAUUCCACUUUCAUGGCAAGAAUAAUUUAUUGGACAUAGAUGGGCUUGGCUCUUCCACAGAUUUCCUUGAAGCAUUUGAGAAGUUUCUGUCAUAAGUGUAAAAAAGAAAACUUUCUGGUCAUUGUUUUCUUGGCUGCUUCUCCACAUUAUUAUACCAAAUAACUAAAGUCUUCUAGAUUAAAUCUUCAGACUUUUUGUAUAUUUGUAUUAUAGUCACUAGGCAGUCUUUGAAUCCAUCUUUGUUCAGACCUCUUCAGACACUGAAACAGCCUUUUAGAUGGUGCUGCUAAAAUGAGCAGUGGAAUAUCUGGCAGCAAACUAGAAUGGCGUAUUUCAAGUCAACCUGCUGCUUCAUGGUUUUUAAUAUAGAUGGGCGGAUGCCAGCAAAGAACUAUCUAGCACCCAAUGAAUACUUCUCCUCCUACCUGGGUGCCCAGGAUGCAAUUUCAUGAUUCAACAUCAUUCCAAGUACUAUUAUCUCUAGAAGGCAAUAGUUCCUGGAAUUUCACCACAGGAUAAGCUAUGUAGUGACUGCAUACACCAAAAUUUGUUGACGGUAUGGACUUCAGAAGUAGUACUGCCCAAAAUUAUGGCAAACAGUAUAGCAGCACCCACUGAGUUGAUUAGUAAUGUGGACACCUUGUACUAGUCUCUCUUGCAAGUCUCCAUGCAACCUCACAAUCAGAAGCACCUAUGUCUUUUUGUCAGGUCUUUUUUUUUUCUAGUAGAAAGUUUUCUGUACUAGCUAGAUGAAUGGAUCAUUCAAUACAAAAGUGAUUAUUUGUUUAGAAGAUAAUAAGGGUAAGAAAGAGAGGCUUGGAUUUCAGCUGAAUGUUAGGACAGCCACCAUGCCCAUUCAACAGAUUACUGACAGGAUUAGAGGAGUUAUACUGCCCCAAAAACAAAUUUUAAAGACAUUUUAGAGUAUCUUGGGGUGCACGGUAUUGUUUAAGCAUGUGUGAAUUGUAAUGACUCCUGUUCAAAGAGUGGAUUCUCACAAUUGGCUUAAAGACUCAUUGAUGAAAAUAAAACACCAACUGCUAUAGUUCAGUUUUCUUGUUGGUGGGACGCA